AUGGGAAAGCCCCGGGGGGAUCAUCGAGGCCCUGGCCGCUGCGGGGUUCCGCUGGCGAUGUGGGACUUUGGGCAGUGCGACCCCAACGCCUGCUCCGGCCGCCGCCUCCACCGCCUGCGGGCCCUCCGCCUCCUCCAACUCCGCGAGCCCUUCCACGGCGUCGUCCUCACUCCAAACGCCUCGCAGGUCGUCUCUCCAGCGGACGCCGGCAUCAUCGCACAGUACGGCGCCGCUGUGGUGGACUGCUCGUGGAAUCAGUUGGACGCCGUGCCGUGGACACGCAUGCGGAUGGGCGCCCCACGACUACUGCCGCUGCUCAUCGCCGCAAAUCCAGUGAACUACGGACGACCGUCAAAGCUCAACUGCGCCGAGGCACUCGCCGGAGCUCUAGCCAUCGUAGGACGCAUGGAGGAUGCAAGAGUGGUGAUGGCGCACUUUCCGUGGGGUGAGAGCUUCUUUGAUGUUAAUGCAGAGUUGUUGCGUGGGUACGUCACGUGUGCUGAUGCGAAUGAGGUGAUUGCUUUUCAAGAACAAUUCGUAGAGGCAGAGGUGCAAGCGAGUGCGGAACGUCGACAAAUAGACUUUAAUAACCUUGACCUUAUGGAUGUAGUCCCACUGAACGCAAAGCGAGGGAAACUAAGGAACCAGAAGGCAUGGCAACAAGAAUACGAGAGCAGUACUGAAGAAGAGGAAGAAGAAGAGGAGGAGGAGGAAGAAGAAGAAGAAGAGGAAGAAGAAGAAGAAAAACAAGCAUGCGGUGAUGAUAGUGAUGGUGAAAAGGUGGAUGAUACCGGGGUUGUGGAGGCGGAAAGGGUACAAAAGAUAAAGGCUGAUGAUGGGGAAUAA